AGAAGUAUUUCGAGCGUGUGGUUUAGGAUGCUGUUUUAUAGUUAUCCUGCAUUUUCAACAAAGUAAUUUAGCUCCAAAAUUGCAUACUACUCCAAUAGUCUAUAAUACAAGAACGUCUUGAAAGUAUUUUCAUUUUUUUCUAUUGUUGGUUGUGGUUUUGAUUUAAAAAAUGCCAGUAAAGUUUCGUGGAGCAAGUGAAUACACUUCUACAUACAAGUGGUCGCCAUCAUACAGGUCCGCUGAGUUUCAACCCACAGAGCAGCAGUUGGCAGUAGAAGCUGGGUUAAGGUCGGAUGAGAUGGGCCUUCUGAUGGAACCCACGUUUACCAGGAAAAGAAGAGUGAUGCAUCGUGAACCGGAGGCUCAGAACUGCCUACAGUGGUGGGAGGAGGAGCAGGACUUGGAUGCGGGAGAGAAGAAAGAUUUUUCUGAAGAGGUUGCUGGAAAAACCUAUGUGAAAAAGAAGACCAGCGUUGUGCCACAAGGUAAGGAAAAGAUAAUGAAUGGAGUUGGGAAUAAAACUUAUGCAAAAAAGACAAAAGAUAGUUCUCCUGGAAGAGAUGAAAUUAAACGCUCGCUUGUAGAAAGAGUUGAUGCGAAACUUGAUGCAACAAAAAGAAUAAAAAAAGUUGCCAAGCAAGAUAAGCAAGUCAGUGAGAAUAAUCAAACUAACAAAAAAACAAUAAGGGAAUUUUCUAAACCUCAACCUCGACCAGAAGUACAACAUUCCCUAACAAGGAAGCAUUCCCCUAAGCGAAAAAGUAUCCAAGAACAAUCAGGACCAGUUUCUCCAACUAAAAGCAUUAAAAGUCCCAAGUCUUCACCAAAAAAAGAAACCAAAUCCAAGAACAUACCCCUGCGAUACAGGUCUCUGAAUUCUCGUCUGAUGUCUGCCCACCAAACCGAGUACCAGCAGAUGUUCCGACAACCAGCUCGGUUUGUUCCUUCAUCACCGCUCAUCUCAGCGCUUGAUGUUGUACAUCAGUCCUCCGCAGCUAUUCCUCCUCACGUGAUUAACAAGAGUCCGAAGAUGCGGCUCACAACGGAGUAUUCUUCCAAGUACCAGAAUCGCUCCCCGCUCAGCAAGUCCAUGACUCUUCCAACAUCACCUGCAUCUCCAUCUUUAAAGAUGAAGGUGAAGAAUCUUCCCUUUUCUCCAGUGCAACAUCACAGGUCUCCCAAGAAAGUGAUCUCAGAGUACUCGACCCAAUUUCCUGAUCGCGAAUUCCCGCUUGAACCUCUGAGUAAUAUUCACCAAGAAGCAAACCAGAACAAGCAAAAUCGGGACGCAAACAGUUUUGACCCUGACCAUGCUACUCAGCUGCAUUCGCCCAAGAACAAGUUCUGGGAAAUCAUGUCAGCUACUGAAAGCAACGUUGACACUGUGUCAAAUUCAACAAGCUCUGUCAAAAAAGUUGUUGAGUCCCUAAAAUCGAAAGACGUGGAUUCGUGCAGCGUGGAAAGCAUAAAGGGGUCAGACGAUGAUGACUGUGAUGUCAUAAGAGAUGAGAAUUCUGUAUCUUGCUCAUCGAGACAAAGUUUAAAAGGGGAAUUACCUGUUGCUCGAAAGUUAGCAUGGGGUGAAAGUGACUCUCAGAGCAACGAUGUAGACGCUGUGGCCCAUGAUGAAGAAGAUUCCGAUGUUGCUUCCACUGUCACACUUACAGAAUCAAACACCAACGAAGGACGGUUGCCGACACCCCAAUUGAAGAAAUUAGGUGGAGCGUUAAGGACCCACCAUGACAUCACAACUCCAAGCAGAGGGGGGGCUCUUCUGAGCUCACCACCAAGGCCUCGAAGGAUGAUUAGCAGCUCGUCUUCCCCUACAUUACUCAGCAAAGCUUCAUCAGUAUGCUCCGUAAACAACAAAACAUUCCUGGAAGACUCAAAGAGCAAAAGAAGUCCCUCACCAGGAUGUAGAAUGGUGAGGACAGAUCAAGGACUUCCUCGUCGGUUGCAAGCAUCGCUUCGUGCUCCGAUAAAGGGAGCACUUAAAAGUCAGGAGUUUCAGCAUUGUGGGAAGAACAGUCGUCCCAUGACAGCAGUUGACCGCUUAUCAAUGGUGUCAAACCGAUCUAACGCUUCCGCUGCAAAGUUGCUUGAGCGUUCGAUGCAACGACAAGAUUUUUGGGCCAACAAAUAAAUUUUCCUGAGUCUGGCUGUUGUUUCGGUAGCUGGAUUUUGCUACUGUCUAUUCUUGGAUUGAGUGAAUUUAUUUAUAGUAUCAAGUUAAGUUUAUAUGUAACUGUGUAUUAAGUUUUUUAAAAUUAUGUAGCUUUAAAUUUGGGAUGAAUUUAAAUCUAGUAGGUUUUAAUGUAGUGUUUUUCAAUGUUCCUGAUGUAUAAUUUUUAGAGUUUAUGUAGUCCUAUUUUAUUAGGUUGACCAUUACAAAUAGUGUUAGUAUUGUGUAUGCUUGCUUUAUGUUUCUUUCAAAAUAGUGAUUGUGUAAAUUACUUUGUCCAUUCAUUGUGGUUGUCUGACUCUGAGUUAAAUUUUAUUUUUCUACCCAUUAGAAAUUAAUUUUGAACUGUGAUGGUUUUACACACCGUACUGUAAAUAUAUAUUAGCUACAUUUUAAACAGCUAUUUGUCAAAAACUUUAUUUAUUUUGGUUCAUCGUGACCAAUUUUUUUACAAUUUUAUAUGAAAAUUUCAUUUUAUUGGUUUUUAUAGCGCCCGUUUUUGUACCAUCAAAAUUGAUCGUAUUACUCAAUUUCAUUUCACUGUAUAAACUUCAACAAAGGCAUUAGUCUGUAAUCUGUGUUGACCAUAUACUUCAACUAAGUGUAUUUAGUGUAGUAAGCAUGUUUUAAUCAUGUUUCAUUUUAGA